CCAUCAGGUCGUUGCUCAAUGCUGCUCCUCUUACACUUUUAAUUAAACACUUUUGAUCGACCGGAAUUCAUUUUCUAUCUUUAUAAUUCGUUGUGAGUGAAGUUUGUCAACAGCUGUCACAACUUUACAACUGUGUGGUAGGUUUAGUGAGUGGAUGAAAUGUCUUUAGUCGGUGAGCUAACAUGCUAACAGAGUGGAUCCAGCUCAGUCCGAGGUCAGCGUGCAGGAAGCCGGAGCAGCUGCACCUCAGAGCGGGGAGGGAUGCUAGCGCUGCUCGGUAGAUCUCUGCUUAGACCCGGAUUACAGCAGCGGCUCGGGGUCAUUCGGAGGUGUUUCCGUGCGGCGCAGAGUGACCGGUGUCCGGCUGACAUUCCUCCUCCUCCACCGCAGCAGGCAGACAUGAACCGGGGCCAGGGGCAGGUCCGGGGUCAGAUCCGGAGGGUCCUCUGCGUGGCCGAGAAGAACGAUGCGGCUAAAGGCAUCGCAGCCAUCAUGUCUGAUGGCAACGCGAGGAGGAGAGAAGGGAUGUCAAAGUUUAAUAAAAUCUACGAGUAUGAAUAUAAUCUCUUUGGCCAGAAUGUGACGGUAACAAUGACCUCGGUAUCUGGCCAUUUACUGGGUCUGGAGUUUAAAGCACAGUAUCAGAAGUGGUACAGUUGCAGUCCUGUGCUGUUAUUUGAUGCUGAGGUAGAGAAGUACUGUCCAGAUAACAUGAAACUAAUCAAGCGGACACUAGAGAAAGAGGCGAGGCAGUGCCAGGCUUUAGUCAUCUGGACCGAUUGUGACCGAGAGGGGGAAAACAUUGGCUUUGAAAUCAUAGAUGUCUGCAAAGCAGUGAAGCCAAAUAUGCAAGUGUUACGGGCAAAGUUUUCUGAGAUCACCCCCAACUCCAUCCGGAGAGCUUGUGAGACACUAAUCGAGCCGGAUACUAACGUUAGCGAUGCUGUCGACGUGCGUCAGGAGCUGGACCUGCGAAUAGGUGCGUCCUUCACUCGCUUCCAGACCAUGCGCCUGCAGAAGAUCUUCCCUCAGUCUCUGGCCAAUCAGCUGAUCUCGUACGGCAGCUGUCAGUUUCCCACUCUGGGCUUCGUGGUGGAGCGCUUCAAAGCCAUCCAGGCGUUCAUACCGGAGACUUUCUACAAGAUCAAAGUGCUGCACGACGUGGAGGAGGAGUCUGUGGAGUUCAGUUGGAAAAGAAACCGUCUCUUCCACCACACAGCCUGCUUGGUGCUCUACCAGAUCUGCAUGGAGGAUCCCAUAGCAACGGUCUCCUCAGUAACCAGCAAACCCAAGAGCAAGUGGAGACCGCUGCCUCUGGACACUGUGGAAAUGGAGAAACUUGCAUCUCGAAAGCUAAAAAUAAGCGCCAAAGAGACGAUGAAAAUUGCAGAAAAGCUCUAUACCCAGGGGUACAUCAGCUACCCUCGAACAGAGACCAACAUCUUCCCAGAGAACCUGGCUCUCGGCCCCCUGGUGGAGCAGCAGACUCACAGCCAGGCCUGGGGGGGGUUCGCUCAGCGGGUGAUGGAGCAGCCCGGGGGUCCCAACCCUCGACAGGGAAAGAAAUCUGACCAAGCCCAUCCCCCCAUCCACCCCACCAAGUUCGCCAACUCUCUGCAGGGCAAUGAAGGACGUCUUUAUGAGUUCAUCGUCCGGCACUUCCUGGCUUGUGUAUCCCAGGAUGCUUUGGGGCACGAGACCGUGGUGGACAUCACCAUCGCUCAGGAGAACUUCUCCGCCUCGGGACUCAUGAUCAUCGCCAGGAACUACCUGGACGUUUACCCCUAUGACAGGUGGAGUGCCAAGGUGAUUCCAGUGUAUGAGCAGGGCUCUCAGUUCCAGCCCUCUGCGAUCGAGAUGGCGGACGGACAGACGAGUCCUCCUCAGCUGCUCACUGAGGCCGACCUCAUAUCCCUGAUGGAGAAACACGGCAUCG